ACAGCUUAUCAUCAUGAAGGCUGAAAUGGUAAUUUAGAGAGUCCUAUAUAACCCACCUUUUUUAAUUUUCUUCCCUUUCUAAACCCUACUGGGCGUCUGCAGCUGGUCAGGUUUAGUUGUGCUUCUAGGGAGAGUUUUAAUCAAUGGCUCCGGCUAAAGCUGAUGCUACCAAAAGGACUGAUCCCAAGGCACAAGCUGUGAAGGCUGCCAAGGCCGUGAAAUCGGGCCCAACAUUUAAGAAGAAAGCUAAGAAGAUCAGGACAAAGGUCACAUUUCACCGGGCCAAGACAUUGAAGAAAGAGAGAAACCCAAAGUAUCCUCGCAUCAGUGCUCCACCAAGAAACAAGUUGGACCACUAUCAAAUUUUGAAGUAUCCAUUGACUACUGAGUCUGCCAUGAAGAAGAUUGAGGACAACAACACCCUUGUGUUUAUUGUUGACAUUCGUGCAGACAAGAAGAAAAUCAAAGAUGCAGUAAAGAAAAUGUAUGAUAUUCAGACCAAGAAAGUGAAUACUUUGAUCAGGCCAGAUGGAAUUAAGAAGGCAUAUGUUAGGUUGACUCCAGACUAUGAUGCCUUGGAUGUGGCAAACAAGAUUGGCAUCAUAUAAAUUGCGGUUUUGUAGCUAUAGAUCACCAGCAAAGUGAUACCAACAUCCUUUAUAAACGGUUUUGUUACGAGUAAUUCAGUGUUUUAGGGCCUCAAUAUCAUAUCUGUUUUCUUCAACAUAUGUUGAGAACUAUAUUCUGUUUAACUUAAUCUCAGUUAAAAUUUAAUCGGUAUGGUUAAUUUUUCAA